CAGGCGGGACCUGCGAGCGGAAGCAAUUUCUACAUCACCUAAAAAAUCUAAUAUAACUCCGUCAAAUUCAAGAACUGCUGACUCAUUCCUACGUGUAUCCCUUCAUAAAGGAUUUCUGCGUCGUUAAAAUUCAACCGCGACAAACGGAAAGUGCGGUUUACCUCUUAAAAACGUUGCUUCGUUUCGGUGACCGUUAGAAACCAACGAAGGCACGGAAAAAACACGACGAAACGGUCGCUAAGCUUCAUUCUGGGAUCGUUUUUAGUCGUUAUACAGCAAAAUUAAGCAAGAGCAACCGAUUUUACCCGCUCGGUGCUGCCCGUUUGCAAAAAAUCACAGUUCAGAUUUGAACAUUUAGCGCGUUUGUAUUAACCGGGAACGGGCAUGCGCACUGGCGCCGACAGGCAGACGCGGAUAUAAGGAUUGGCGCCGGCGCCACAGCUGAUGCAUUCAUUCAUUCUUCGCUGAGGAGGAGAGCCAUAAGAAUAAAUCAGCACCAUGUCUAGACGCAGUGGUCGCCUCACACUUCAAGCCAGGGACUCAAAUGCAGCUGAACCCGCAGUCCGAGAACCACUAAAGAAAAGAAAGUCUGAGCCAAAAAAGAAGCUUCAACCUGCAGCCAAGAAACAGAACUAUGAAAUUCAGACGUGUUGGUCGGAGGAUGGUGCCAGUCCGUGCAUCCUCAUUGAAACUCCCCACAAGGAGCUGGAACCGUCAGACCCAUCCAGCUUCAAGCAAUACCAGUUCAAGAACCUUUUCAUCAAGGCCUCCCCCAUCCCCUGCCUCAGCUGGGCGAGUUCAGACGACGUUUGGAUUAAAAUGCUCAACAAGGAGCUGAAGUACGUUCAUGAUAAGAGCUACUUGCAGCGGCAUCCUAAUCUGCAGCCCAAGAUGAGGGCGAUCCUGUUGGACUGGCUGCUGGAGGUGAGUGAGGUGUACAACCUCCACAGACAGACAGCAUACCUGGCCCAGGACUACUUUGACCGCUUCAUGCUGACUCAGGAGGACGUCGAUAAAGAUUACCUGCAGCUCAUUGGCAUUACAGCCCUCUUCAUCGCCUCCAAGACAGAAGAAAUUUAUCCUCCUAAAAUCUACGAGUUUGCAUACGUCACAGAUGGAGCGUGUAACAUGUGGGACAUCCAGCGCACAGAGCUUCGUAUAUUAAAGGCGUUGGACUGGAACUUGUGUCCAGAAACUCCCAUCUCGUGGCUCAAGCUGUAUGUGCAGGUGGAAGCCCAGAAGGAUGGAGAGAACUUCCUGGAGUCGCAGUUUUCUCAGGAGACGUACAUUCAGAUCACACAGCUGUUAGAUUUGUGCAUGAUGGACAUCAAUUCGUUGGACUACAGCUACAGCGUUCUUGCUGCCGCCGCCUUCUGUCACUUCUCUACGUUUGACGUUGUUCAUAAAGUCUCAGGCCUGACCUGGGAGAGCGUGUUUCCCUGUUAUCAGUGGAUGAGUCCCUUCAUGGUCACGCUGCGCUCUGAAGCCAAACCGGAGCUGAAAACCUUCCCCAAAGUCAAAACCGACGACAGACACAACAUCCAGACGCAUGUGGCUUAUCUGGACCUGCUGAGAAAAGCACAGGAGUGUCAAAUCGACAACCCUGACUGUCAACUGUCACCUGUUGCCAUGGACAAGUUUCUGACCCCGCCCAGCAGCACAGAAAAGUCGACCAAUCCCUGAGUUGGACCCAUCAGCAGGACCCACUACCUCUCUUCAGGACAACUUGACGCCACAGUUGAGUCGUCACAGCGACACAUAAUGUGGAGAACAAAAGUUUUUAUGUUUGGUUGUUUUAACACUAAGCUCUGACUUCUGGCAGCCAAAACGGAUCAGACAGGAAACUGAUCCGUUUCUUGAUCAGUUUCAGACUGAUGAUUUAAUCAGUCUGGUGAUUAACCAAUCAGCAGACUGAUCGGUCUUCAGUCUGGAGAUUGAUGAUUUAAUCUCCAGUUGGGUGAUAACAGUUUUCACCCAGCUGGUUAACAUGUGAGCCGUCACCUGGGAGUUUCACUGGUGCUGAUCUUAAACUUGAAGCUUUGAUGCUUUCUGAGGGUGCUUCAGUUGAUUCUCAGGAAAUGAGAAAAACCUGCUUUUGUUCUUACUUACGACAGUCAUUCCAAUUUAAAUAGGUACAAUUAGACAUGUGACACGUUUUUUUUUUCUUUCCAUGUCUGAAAGUAAAUCUGUCCUUAUGGAGGAUUGUCACCUUUAGAACAAACAGCUUGAUUUUUGGUGUCAGAAGUAUUUCAUAGAGACCAGAAUUAUAGGAAUUAUUUUUUUUUCCUAUUUAGGUGUUUAAUGCACCAGGCCUGCUUGUGGCAAAUUUUUUUUUUUUUUUUUUUUUUUUUUUUUUUUUUGUGUUGCAAUCUGGUUGCAACAUU